AAACAAAAGAAUAUGUUACUUGGUUUUGAGGCUAACACAGAGCAARCCAGAACUCGAAAUUGGAGUAUUAUGCACCUGAAGUAAUCGACACGUGUGAAACGAUUCACGUUUACGAAUAUGUCCCCUCUAAUCUUUAAAAUACUUCACCCAUUAAAAUCUAUCAAGUCGAAUAUAAUUUUAUUGARACCAGAACUGCCAUCAUGCCASAAAGAACGAGUUUCAGAUCACUCCGACGAUUCUUUGAAAAGUAAGUUUAAGUGUAUCAACUUUCAAAAGAUUACAAUUCUCGCAUUUGGGCAACGUGUAGUCCUGUAAGUAAGGAAAUGUCUACAAGUAAAUUCGGUUGAAUCGCUUAUUUGAGAAGAACGUAAAGCCAAAUUCAUGACAAUUCCUAUCAUCGUACAAUGCGGUUUUAUUUAGAUUUCUUUGCUUAAUUAUUUCUAACUUUAAAAUCUCACGAAGUCUGCUGUAACAGACCGCCGAAUUUCCAGGUAGUGCGACGGAUCUAUAAGAUGUAGGUACAAUUAAAUCAGGACUGGGUCCUYUCAGUUCAGUUUUGUUACUAGACAUCGUUUUAUUAUAUGAGAUUUCGUUCGUCUAUGUGAUGUAGCAUAUACGAAAUAAGGGGGAUGAAAAAAGAAAGAAAAAAAGAAAGACAUUUUGAAUCCCAUUAUGUUCAAAAAAGUUAUUAUAAAACUUGCUCUUCGUUUCAUAGAAGUAAUUACUGAGCCUGGUUUCAGAGGUUUCUCUGUAUCUGUCUACUGUCUGUGAAUACAUAUCUUCUUCUCAUUGUCUUCUGCCUGAGACGCAGCUCGAUGACUCAGCUUCGCGGCCAAAAAGAGAUAUAUUCACAAAUAUGGAACCAGGAAACCGAUAUAUGUUGCUAUCAUGUUUCGGUUUGCGGGCAGCGUCUUUUAUAUCUCCCGUAUUUCACAAGGUCCGGGGUCCAACUAUGGGCAUGGUAGUCAGUGUUGACCAUGAGUAACCUUUAUCUGGUCUAAUAGCAUUUGUCAGAUGUGUAUUUAGAGAAAUGAGAAGCUCACAACGCUUGCCCUUAUUUGAAGCUUAAAGUAUUCUCCAGAAAUUAGAAUAACCAAAAAAGGCAAAACAGCAAGAAUAUUGUAAAAGUGAUGUUUAUUCGUAARGAGUCGAUGAUGUCAGGGGAAAUUAAACAUCACAUUGAGGCGGCUGCCAUURUGUCACGAGAUGGUUUGACCUCUCUGAAACUGCAAACAUCGAGCUGUUUUUAUACAAAUGCAGAGGCUUAAGCUAAGUCAGAAAUAUAUUUCGCUGUGAAAAGAACUAAGAAAUGUCUUGGUUAAUGCAAUUUGGUAUUAAUCGAGCGAAUAUGGACGACGCUAGCCAAAAUAUGCUUGAUCGUGAUAGUGGUUUUGAGGACGAUACCGACCAUGGAGAUCGGAAAGCUUUUGAGAAGCAGCUUGCAAACUCGUUGAGGUAUGUUGAAGAAUUUACCAGAGUUAUUGUACUCCAUGACAUGUGAAAUACAUUUGGUAUGUAUUUGGUUUAGUUGKUUUUCGCGUUGCCUUUGAGCUAAAAAUAAACUCUAUAUAAUAUAUACUAAAACUUAAAUCAAUGAAAACUAUUCCAAGUGAAAGUCAAAUUUUAUCGCACUAUUCAUAAAGAUGAUGGGUUUUUUACAAUUUUUCCAAAUAUUAAGAGUCUAUGAUGUUAUCUAGUAGUAAUGUACUAAUUAAUGUAGUAAUGUAUUAAUAAAUAUAUUAAGACAAAAAAAAAAAAAAGAAAAGAUGAUGUUUUCUCGAAAGUUGCUGGCAAAAACAAAACACCUCGAUAUCAUGUUACUCGUCAACAACACUUUUAAGGUGAAAGUCACGGUGAAAGUGCAUGUUUACUAUAUUAGUACAUACUAUUUUUAGAAUGUCAGGGUUCUCCUUGAAGUCUUCAUGUCUUUAUUYGACUGAAUGUUGGAUAUACAGUACUCCUUUUCAUUGUUAAGAUCGUAAAAUUUUAUUAUGUAUCAAAUUUUAUUAUGUAGUAAAGCUUAAGAAGUAAAUAUCUUUUCACACCAAGGAAAAUAGUAUCUCAGCUAGAGCUGKAACCUGUCUAUGCAUAACCAGGUACCUACUCACUUCAAGGCACAACCCUCUCGGAUAUAACUGAAAAAACAAUUAGUAUUAGUUUAAAUGUUUAUGCUUAAGAAGUUAAGAGACACUUAGCCAUGAGUGGUGAAGAAUUCAAAACCUUCAGACUCACUAUUCUUGGUGUGCAAGUUACGCCGCCAUGUUGGUCACGUGGUUGCAUAACAAGAAUAAAAAACGUGCAGUCAUUGGUAAACAUGGCGGCAUCAGAAUCAGAUAUCGAAGGCACCAGUAAUGUCCAACAAUGAGAACUUUCAAGGCGGUCUUUUUACGGCUUAAAAGUCUAAUGRUCAGUCCCUUAUGGGGUCAGUCCCUUAUGGAAACUGAAGUGUCGGACAUGUCGUAAUCUAAAGGUUACAUGCCGUUAGUUGCGCUAUGCAAACCAUAUGACUGUGAGUUCAUUAUUGGACUUCUCACCUGACAUCUGUAAUCAUUUCCCGUCAUAUGGUCUUUGCACUUCGUAGUUGAUAUAUGAAUUUUCCACCUUGACCUUYACAUUCAUAUAUUGCAGAUACUGCACAAUACASUUUAGUUUUGGAAUCCUAACCAGGCAGUAAUUUACCGAAACGUACCGUAUCAACUCGCCGAAAUUUUUAGUCUUCUUAGUUUACGACUUCACACGAUCAAAACAUUGAUCACUAUAUAUAUACUAUACACCAAAAAAUGUUGUCGUCGCCAGGACACAGUCCACAGUUUGCAAAGAAUCUUGGGAUUGCCAUAUAUAAUUAUAUUCACUUUCAGUUAUUCCAUCUCACGUUGACGGUUUGAAAACCUGGAUCAUUUUUCAAGAAAAAUGUCUCAUGGCGAGACUAUUGCGAAUAUUAAACCAAUCAAACAAGUAUAUUAGUGUGUUUGUCGCCGUUGAAUUCAAACACAUAGGCAAGUGUCUUUUGAAUAURUUAAUUAAGUAUGGAAAUCCCGACAUUCUUUGCAGGCACAAGACUGUAGGUGUAUGGACAGAGAGUGAUAUCACACUGAAUUUGUAUGCGAAAAGUAAUGAUGUCUACCAUUAUAAAWUGCACGUAAAUCAACAAAAUUUCACUACACUUGUACACGUGUAUUUUGCCAUUUGUAUCACGUUUUGGUCGCCAAAAUACCACGCAUGGCCGUUCAACCUUGAAAAUAUCAUCUAUURAUAUUUCCUGAAAAUCUAUCAAGUCGAACAUAAUUUUAUUGAAACCAGCACUGCCAUCAUGCCAGAAAGAACGAGUUUCAGAUCUCUUCGAAGAUUCUUUGCAAAGUAAGUUGCUGUACUUUACCAGGUUUACGUAGUAGACACUUUAAAACRUUUAUCCAACAUUUGGGUCAGUCCUGUAAGYACAAGUAUACAGUACAAUUGUUUACUUCUAAAACCAAUAUCACAAGGCUUAGUGCACAAUUUCCAUCAUUUUGCAAUAUGAUUUUAAAUAUUUCUAUUUCUCUGCCAAUCAUUUCUUWMUGUAAAGACCGCCGAAGUCUGUUGAUUUGUUUUUAUCGACCGUGUUUGACGCUCUUCGUAUGUUUAAAUCGGAYAAAAAUUCCAAUCACUCGUUGUCAAAUGAUAAACCAGAAUUUUUAGCUUAAAUACAAGGCUCGAAUCAUCAAAUGUCGCAACCAUGGUCGAAACCUCGGGGACACCCCGAUAUUACAGACACAUCACGAUUUUAGGAUUUGAUAUUUUAUUCCAAAGAAAUAAUAGAAACUAUUUUCCUUCAAGGAGGACUCUCACUAUUGCGUGUUAAAUCACAUCACAGCGACCACCUCACUAUUGCAGGCACUCUGUUGUCCGUCAAAACGAAGGUUGACUAUAUUGAAACCUACUCUCUUUACAGCGACCGCACUCACUAUUACGGGCACUUCGGUUUUCCGGUAAUGAGAGUUUUCUCCGGACGAGUAAACACCACGUUGUGGUUUCAGGACGUGAUGUUAUGUUUCUAGCCAUGUAAAAAUCGUGCCAAAAUAAACGGCAAACAUGUACUUACUAAAGAUUCCCAAGGGUUUCAGGAUUAUUCAAAAGUGUUGUCAAAGGUGAAAGUUUCAAAACUCGUUUCUUGUGUGUUAGUUAGCAUACAUUGUUGACGGAAGUCGAUGAGUAACGAAAGUCUCGCCAUCCUUGAUAUUUUUAACGAAUUUAUGAUAGUUUCUCAUGAUAUGUCUUCUUAUUUGCAACGGUUGGCGUCAACGAAUCGUCCAAAUUGUUCUUCUUCCACGAGACGAAGUUUUUUACCACAAAAUAAUAUUGUACAAUUAAUUGAUAACAAUUACAGAAAAAAAUGAACAAUCUUGCGAUCGUGGUAUGUACUUUUACUUACCACGGCUCUCGACCAAUCAGAAAUUGAGAAAAUUUACAAUUGUUGUAAAAAURAUAAUUGACAUCAUCAGAGGUGAUGCCCAAACUUUAUCGACUUUUUCGUCAAAAAGAUGAAAUCAAAUAAUUCAGUAUAGUUGGAUUUUUUGUGCGGUUUUAAUCAAUCAAAGAAUCGCGCAGAGGGCAUAAUAAAAGUGGUCAUUUUUUUUAGAUAACUGGUUAAUUGUGCAUUCUGAUAUUCCUUAUUUCCUUUUAUGUUUUUUCUCUGCGAUCGAUUCGAAACUAGUGACGACAGGGGAUGUUAUUUUGACAUGGUGUAGGGUUUCGUCACGGGACGUGACGGGUUUAUGUUAUCUUUGAUGACUGUUCUUGCACUGAUCGCUUUGCCACAGCUAGUACGUCUAAUUUUAGCUCUUAUAUUGACUGAUUUCUUCAUUAUUCGAGCACAAUGAGCGGUCAUGAUGCUGAAGAUCAAUUUGAUAACAAUGCARUGGUUAUUCGUGAUAGCCGACAACGACAACAAAGAAACGGCAAUGCCCGUCAUCAUCGAAGGGUAUCUUUACCUUCCACACUAGGUAGAUUGCUACCUCCUUCACCACUUCGUAUAAGAGGACGGAAUUCACUAAGAGAUGCAAUGAGAAUUCGCAAUAAUGUCGAAUGGGAGCAAAAGGAUUAUACAAGGUUACCAGAGGAAACUCUCCAACCGUUAACAUCACGAGUCACAGCAGCCAUCACUGGACCAAAAGAAGGAAUUAGCAACGUUGAAAUCAAAUGUAGCAACGCUCAAUUAUUAUCUCAUCCUAAAUAUCAAGGCAGUGUUAAAAAAUUCAAAGACUGGACAAAACCGAACACUAGUAGAGCUUUCGGAAUUGCUACAUCACUAUAUGAACGAAAUCCUAACUCACAGUACACCACAGGGGAUCCAGUUGCAGACGUUUUUGCUAUCAUAGCACGUGAAAAUAGUUGUAUUUUAUCCAUUGCAGACGGUGUGAAUUGGGGAGAUAAAUCCCGGCUUGCAGCUCGUUGCGGUGUCGCUGGAUCCAUUCAGUAUCUUUAUAAUUUCCUUAGCUCAGCCACCACAACUCAUGACGUCAUGGARCUAUUGUGUCGCUCUUUUGAGCUUGCGCAAGAAUGCAUCGUCCAAAAUGGCGCUACUAUGACAACACUAUGUACAGCGGUUAUUUGUCCUAUUAAAGGUAGUGACAAAUGGGCCGUCUGCGUUAUUAAUGUCGGGGAUAGUCUUGGGUUUGUAUAUAGCAAAGACAUGUCGCAUAAAGUUCGUACUCGUGAAAUAACGAUUGGUUCUCACUGUUCAGAGGCUGAACGYGACAUGCGCUGUCCUGGUGGCUCGUUAGGACCUGUAGAUGGCUACAAUCCCGAUUUAUCGAACUUAACWUUUUCAUACACKCAAGUUUCUGCUGGCGAUAUCGUGUUUUUAGCGAGUGAUGGGGUGUCGGAUAAUUUUGAUCCUGUUGUAUCUCAGUGUGGUCAUUGUCAAGGUCAUUUAAGGCAGUCAGUCAGUAUGGACUCGCUAAACAUUACAAGUGCAAAUGGUUCUCUUCAUGGUUCAAGUGAUACUGAUAGCGAUCGGUAUACUGAAUGGGAUAUUCCUACCCGUAGACACGAGAAGACUCUUGGUGACAUGCAGGAGGCAAUUGAGUUGGAAAUACCAGAUGAUGAUCUUUCAGCUCAAACUCUGUGCGCUAACCUAAUCAGCCAUGUAGCAAAGUGCACCCAGGAAAAGCGAGUUUCAGUAGAAAGAACACUUACAAGCGACCAAGGACGAGGUCCAACACAACGAAUAACCGAGAGCGAAAUCAGACGAAUCAUGAAAGAACUUCCUGGWAAACUCGACCAUGCUGCUGUGGUGGCCUUUGAAGUGGGAUAUUUUCCGGAGGAACAUCUAAGAGUAGUWUCAGAAGGACCSAAUAAAYCAAUGAACAUUAUCGAUAGUAUAAAGGGUAUCUUCAUGGGAAGAAGGGGUUCUCAACCGGAGGAGAAUAGUAGGGAUCAACUAGUGAAUCUCUUAUCUCCCCCUAAGCCUUGAAUAUCAAUUACAUCWCUCCAUARACGUAUUGUUUUUCCAAUAGUCAAUGUUCAGCGACGCCAUUUAGUGUGAUGGGAGUUAUAGUCCUUGGACUUUAUGUUCGUUAURAUAACCCACAAAUACGGUUCCUAACGGAAGUGCUAAAACUAAUCGAAUCUCUGCAAAGAAAACAAGGAAACAGACUUUCAACGAAUAAAAAGGGCGAGGACUAUAYAUUCCGGCCAGAKUUACUGGAUAACAUGAUAUYACUGUACGUUAUCUAUUCAUUUGCGGUGCAUUUUUGGCAGUCUUUAUUCCUUUCAUCACUGGAACCAGUAACAGCAUUAUAUCCACAAAAACUCGGUGGCCUUAAGAGGUCUUUUUAUAGAUGAAAAAGAGCAAUAUUUGCAUUUUCUACAUUAGUAAACCAUACUACAUAGUUAUUUAGAUAAACAGUUCGUCUAAACAUUCUUAAGGCCAUCCUUGUGUCAUAAAGUAAAUCCAGGAAGCAAAUGUUUUCCACGUAGACAACAACAUGCACACUGCAUCGAUCGGUAUUUUAUCUCAGUUUCGUCAAAACGUUGUAAAUAGUGUCAAACAAAAUUUYRAAAAUGAAAAACGAUUUUUCAGGWAGCACUCUACAGUGCAUAAGUGAUGACAAUUCACAAAAAUAUGUUUUUAGUAAUAAAAMUUUGAGAAUAAUA